CUCCUCUGAGACCGCCGGAGACCCCCACCCUCUCCUCUACCCCACCACCGCCGGCGCCACCACCUUCUCCUUCUUUCCCAAGCGCCCGAAACCCUAGCCCGCGGCGCAGCCAUGGUGACCGAGCUCUGGAUCCGCGGGCCAUGGCGGGGGACGGCGAGGAGGAGCCGCCGGCGACGGGCGGCGGCGGCGGCGACAAGUUGGUCCUGCGCGGGCUGCAGUUCCACGGGUUCCACGGCGUGAAGCAGGAGGAGAAGAAGCUGGGCCAGAAGUUCGUGGUCGACAUCGACACCUGGACGGACCUCGCCGCCGCCGGGGACACCGACGACAUCUCCCACACCGUCAGCUACACCGACAUCUACAGGAUAGCCAAGGGCGUGGUGGAAGGCCCGUCGCGGAACCUGCUGGAGUCGGUGGCUCAGUCGAUCGCCGCCCUAUCCUUCCCCCCGCCGCUAGCCCGCUCCCAUCACAGCGCCCGCAGUCCACACCAUCGCUGCCGACCUACCUUAGCAGGUUUGCAAGGUACAAUCGAUCUUCCUGCAAUUCCGCUGAGCAAAUCUGGGAAGAUAAAGAUGUAUAAUUGAUGCAUACAGUGCUCCUGCUUAUAUUGCCAUUGAUAUCAAUUCAUGUUCAUGUCAACCUAGUAAGUAAUCAAGGAAAAUAUACUAAAGCGGGUACAUGAACUGUUAACUUAUUUUACAGAUAUUUCCAUGCUCUGCAUCUAGCACCAUUCUUGCCUCUACUGUUGAGCUUAUGUCAAGUGUUCUAAUUUAAACUGGAAUGCUUAAAAGAAUACAAAAUACUUUUC